UUUUACUGAAUUAAAGAAGGGGAGGGACUUGCUGCGAAACUUUCCCAACUCUUCACUUCUUCCGGACAUUUUUGCAGAAACCCUGGAGCACAGAGGGAAGAUGCACGGGUUUGUUAAACAUGUGAAGUAAUGUAAACUAACUUUGGGUGAUUUCUUUCUUUUCCUACCAAAGCCCACUUGAGUAGGUUUGAUAUUUCUUUUCUUCAGCCAAGUUUUCCGUUUUGGAGAAGAGCGAGGUGCCCCUGAAUCAUAAUGGCACAGGUUUGCAUGCAGCGGCUCUGCACGCCGCCGCGCACGGCGCUCUGGGCUCUGCUGCUCUGCACACAGGCCGCUUUGGGCUUCUCGCUCACGGGACAGCAGACAACCUGCGAGGCCAACGGCAGCAUUUACUACGUGGGAGAGUGGUACUUCCUGGACUCGGAUCACUGCACGCAGUGCGAGUGCACCAGUGAGGGCUCCGUGUGCGCCCGCACCGAAUGCACGUCCCUCCCGGCCGCCUGCAUCCAUGUGAGCCACUACCCCACCGACUGCUGCCCCAGGUGCGAGAAGAUCGGCUGUGAGUACCGGGGGGUGGUGUACGAGCUGGGAGAAAACUUCCAGCCAUCUGAAUGUGAGCAGUGCACCUGCGACAGCGAUGGCAACGCCCUCUGUCUCGUGGCAGACUGUGCCCCUCCACCCUGUGUCAAUCCUGUGUACCAGCCUGGGAAAUGCUGCCCGGAAUGCAAGGAGGGUCCCAACUGUUAUACUGAUGCUUCCCGCAGCCAAGUGAUACCUGCAGGAGAGCCUGUGUGGGUGGACUCCUGCACCAAGUGUCGCUGUCAUGAUGGCCAGGACGCCGGCUACUGGGAGGGAAAUCGCCUUGCCACUUGUUCCCGCAUGAAAAACUGCACACCUCAGCAUCCGCCCACCCCAAUUCAGUGAUUCUUCAUGCAACCACCAUAUAUUUAAAAAUAUGUGAUCUUCAGAGUUUAGGUAUUUUAUUACUGAAGAUGUCAUCAGUCCAUCCCAGGCAUGAGAAUCUGUAAAUGAAAUAGGGGUAACUCACCAACACUUGAAUGUAACAAAAAAAAGUCAAUAAAAUUUGGAACCAUCUAUGAAACGAUGCGACUUCAUCCCACAACUCUGUUCACUGACGUAGCAACUUUAUCUCAAAACACGGGGAUUAAAAAUUGGACAGAAAUUGUACUUUGUACAUCUACUUUUUAAAUCUAGGUCCAUUUAUUUUAUAUUUUUGCAUUUUUAAAAAUGUUGCUUAGAUGUUGAGAAUGUUUUUAAAAAGAAACAGGAAAAAGAGUGAGCGCUUUAGGAUCUCUUAGUUCCAAAAUACCCAGAACAUUAUGCAUAGAUUUAAGCGCUAUAAUAAACAACUGAUAAAUAAGAUAACUAGUGACAGACUUGUCACAACCUAAUGCAGUUUACACAUCAUGCACAGCUGUGAUGAACAGUAAAUAGGAAACACUUAAUGAAAGUAUAAUAUUAAGAUUUGUUGGCAUGAUAUUUAAAUGCUAUUUUACAUGUAUGCUGCUUGGACACGCACACUAUGUAGGAGGUAGUAUUAAUUCUUCAGUGCUAAGAUACAGCAAAUAUACAGUUUUCAGUGACUCGUCAGAAUCAAAGUCUUUAGUUUAUUUUAACAUAAAGAUGUUGCAUUGUUUUAAAUUUUGCAAGACUUACUCCAGGAACUCGUUACCUUAAUUACAAUGUGUAUCUGAAAUAAAACCAAACAUGCUCUUAGCUUUUUAGCUAUGUUGACCUAAUAAAAAAAAAAUCUGAAACCUACUCCAUUGUUGUGAAAAAAAUGAAUAACACUCAACCAAGUUCGUGUUUUUCAACCUUAUUGUCAAGAAUGUAACUGGAACAAACAAUGAUUGAAAUGUGUAUGAAACCUGCUUCUAGUACUGGGAUCAGUUGUCUGUUGGGUAAACUGUUUCCUGAUGCAACGUUUUUCUCUCAUUACACCUCAGUACAUUGGUUUUACACUGUAAGUCAAAAUAAACUACUAGGUUUGUUUUUUC